CGGGCCGGGGCGUGGGGCGGCAGUGCCUCCCCGGGACUGCGGGGCCCUGCGGGCGAAGCCCAGGGGGCGGGGCCCGGGGGCCAUCUUGGCUGCGGGCGGAAGUUUCCUUCGGAGAGCCGGUGAGGGGAAGUUGUUGCCGCCCCUCCGCCGGGCGGCGCGAUCUCAAUUUGGGGAUAGGGAAGAGAAGCAUGGGAACUGGCAGCCCCCCAAACGAACGAGGGCAGGUGGCCCCGGGCACAGCGCACCCGGAUGCGGUUCAGCCCGGGCGUCUCGGCCUCCGCCUGCCUCUAGUAACCCCUGGCGCCCGCCGGCAGCGCACCUUGCGCCAAUUCUCGCACGGCUCCGGCGCGAAGCUGGUGGGGCCAGACUCUGCGCAAUAAGCGUAGCGAACGGCGCCCGCGCAGGCGCAGGCGCAAGAGGGGGCGGAGCCGCCGGAGCCGGGGAGCUGAGGAGCCCUAGCCCCGGGUCCCAGCGGCCAGAGCCGGCUCCCGCAGCGGCGUACGGAGGACCCGGCGCCGGCCUCCUCCCGCCCCCCGAGGCUGGAGAGUGGAUGCAGCGGGGGGUGGGGAGGGGCAGCGUCCGGAAUUCCGAGGACGGAGGGCAGAGGCCAUCCCCAAUCAGGAUUAUUGGGGGGAACAGAGACCCCCCCACCCCAGUUUGGGGAGGAGGAGAGCUGGGCGUUGAGCGCCCCCCGCAGCGACCACUGCCUUCAGUCGAAGGGUAUCUGCCGGCUCUCCCCCUCGGGCCCGAUCGACUCCAACGGCUAAGGCCAGGGACCCCUGUCUUUCAGGCUCUGCACGCCCCCACCCCGGCUCGGGCUGGCCCAGGGAGGAGACCCUGCCCACUUCCCGCCUCUGCCCUAGAGGCGCACUCCUUCCACGCCUCAGAGUGAGGGGCCCAGGCCCCAGGCAGGCUGCCUGUGCCUCUCUGCAAGGGGAGGGUCUCCCCGUUGAGGGGGAAGGGCCUGCCAGCUGCAACUUCUUUCCUCCUGAGCUCCUCAUCUCUGUCGCUGCACCCUGCAACUCCCACCCCUCCGUAUUUAUUUUCCUGGCCCCCAGCCAGCCUCUCCAUCUCUUUCUCUGGGAUUCAGGCCUCCCUUCCUGACAUGGAGAGUAACCUGUCUGGCCUGGUGCCUGCUGCUGGGCUGGUGCCUGCGCUGCCUCCUGCUGUGACCCUGGGGCUGACUGCGGCCUACACCACUCUGUAUGCCCUGCUCUUCUUCUCGGUCUAUGCCCAGCUCUGGCUGGUGCUCCUAUAUGGACACAAGCGUCUCAGCUAUCAGACCGUGUUCCUGGCACUCUGUCUGCUCUGGGCUGCCUUGCGCACCACCCUCUUCUCCUUCUACUUCCGAGAUACCCCCCGAGCCAACCGUCUGGGACCCCUGCCCUUUUGGCUUCUCUACUGCUGCCCUGUCUGCCUGCAGUUCUUCACACUGACACUUAUGAACCUCUACUUUGCCCAGGUUGUGUUCAAGGCCAAGGCGAAGCGCCGGCCGGAGAUGAGCCGAGGCUUCAUCUACCUGGAGGCCAAGGGAACCAGUGUGUGCCAGGCAGCUGCGAUGGGUGGUGCCAUGGUCCUGCUGUAUGCCAGCCGGGCCUGCUACAACCUGGCAGCCCUGGCCUUGGCCCCCCGGAGCCGGCUGGAUGCCUUCGAUUAUGACUGGUACAACGUCUCUGAUCAGGCGGACCUGGUGAAUGAUUUGGGGAACAAAGGCUACCUGGUGUUUGGUCUCAUCCUCUUUGUGUGGGAGCUGCUGCCCACCACCCUGCUGGUGGGCUUUUUCCGGGUCCACCGGCCCCCACAGGACCUGAGCACCAGUCGCAUCCUCAAUGGGCAGGUCUUUGGUUCCCGUUCCUACUUCUUUGACCGGGCUGGGCAUUGUGAGGAUGAGGGCUGCUCAUGGGAGCAUGGUCACAGCGAAAGCACCAGCAUGUCAGGCAGCCUAGGCUCUGGCAGCUGGUACGGCGCCAUCGGGCGGGAGCCAGGCUGGUGCGGGGGCAACCAGACACGGACCACUCCGCUGCUCUUCUCCCAGGUGCUGGGACCAGGUGGCCACCACCACAGUCUCUACUCCACCCCACAGACGUGAUCCCCUUUUCUUCUUCCCUAGAACACCCAGACCCCAGUCCUCCCAACCCAGGCCCCGUGCCAAGUUCACCUACCGCUUCUUGCCCAGGAUCACGGGAGACUGUGGCCACCUCUUCCCCUGGCCGGCUCCUUGC